CCUCGGACCAGCGGAAGCCAGAAGCCUUCGUGCACUGGACGCUGCAGCGAUGGACAGAUUCGCCAUGCUCUUCCUGGCCCCCGCCACGUUACUGGCGCUCCAGAGCGGAUUCGUGGGUUGCUUGGGAGAAAUCACUAUAAAACUACAAGGUUACGAGCAAUGUGAGGACCGGCCAGAAACUACUAUGACACUGCAAGAUGUGCAGCUAACUAAGACUGGACCUUACAAAAUGAAGGUUGACGCCACCAUUACGAUUGCUGAGGAAGUUGAAGAUUUGCGGUUUGAUUUGUUCCUGACACAAUGUGAGAGCAGAGAUCAGCAACAUACGUGCACACAGGACCUAAAGAUGAGCAUAGUAGACAUCUGUGAUCAUCUGGCAGACAAGAAUCAGAUGUGGACAGAGGGAGUGGAACACAUAUUGGAAUUUGACCCCCACUGCCCCGUAAAGCCAGGUGUUUACAAGAUGGUGGAUGCAGAAUUCGAUGCCGAAAGCUUCUCGCGCAUUCCAGCAAUCGACGGUUUCUGGAAGGUGAAAAAUGUCGCCUUUGACAAUGAAAAGAUAGUUGGGUGUCAGAAGAUGGAAGUCGAAAUAGACACCGGCCUUCCCUUGGUCUGAUCUUUUAAUAAUCUCAUAAAUGUGAUAAGCCAUUAGUUUUUUAAAUGUUUCAUCGAAGUUUAGUCCAUAAACUAAGGGAGUUUAAGAAUUUUUUCAUGGAAAAAUUUAAGAAGUAAUGACACGCUUGUUAUUGAAAACAAAAACAUUAUAUUGUGCAGGUUUUUGCAAAAUGUAUGUAUGUGAUUUACAGCAUAA